AUGACCCGAGGAGACGCGGCUCUCCGGGUCACACGGCAGAGGCCUAGCGGGACUAGCCUUGCGCGGUCUGUCCGGACCCGGGGCAGCGCUCGGGAUAGUCCCCGGUGGAGCAGAAACGCUGUUUCCUGGGUGAGGACUCUUCGUCGCCCACCUGGACGGCGGCGGAGACACCCGCGCCACCUGCUCCCUAAAUCCACCGGAUGCGCGUUCAGCAGGGCACGCCCACCCCCGCCUCCACCUGUCCUGUCGAGGGGAGGGGGUUACUUGGGCGACGCCCACGGGACUCACGUGGGCCUCCCGUGCUCCUGUGCGCACUCCACUGGAGAUUACGGUCCAGCCCAUCCAGAGGACCGGAUCCGAGCCCGAAGCGCCCUCAUCCCCUUCCCAGCGCGGCGUACUGCAGCGGCCUUGUCUGAUCACCUGCGUUUCCAUUUCCUCUGCAUUUACAACCCUCCCGACCCGCGCGGAGACUCGGGCGGCUUAGGCAGCCAAUCGUCUCUAAAGUGUGGGAGAAGACAGUUCCACUUGGAAGUGAGCUGCUGCUACUUGGCCCCUCCUACCAUUCCAGAUAAAAUUCUGCUUAAUAUAUCUAUUACCAUCAUACUUUCUGGGCCUGGAAAAGUAACUGCAGGAUACAUCUUCAGUCCUACUGGAUGCAAGUUGCCUGUCAGUGAGUCCCAGUGGUUGAAUCUAACCAGAAGCAGCAGAACGAGGGAAGCUGUUGAUACAGUCUGAACGAGUCCGUCUUCUGGGUCAUCCUGAACGGAUCUUGAGGAACUAAUGUACAUAUUAUAUGUAUCAAUUGAUGUCUUAUGUCCUCCUAAAAUGUAUAAAACAAAGCUACAGCACACCAGCCAAUCUUUCAACUUUCUUUAGGUACAAAAGUUACUUAAGUUAGGGUAGGAAAAGGAAACAGUCUUUCAUCUCCCUAAGAAGGAAAAACAUUGCUCAGAAACAGUUACUGCAGUGGUUUCAGCCCAGGUCUCAAGGGCUCAUAUGGAUGAAAAAAAAUUCUAACAAUUAAAGAUCCUGUUGUUGUAAGGCUUUUGGGGAUCUGGGUCUUCUUUAUGCUCCCUGAAAACUACUGCUGAGGUAAGGCAACUGAUAUGGCUUG